AUGACCAAUCCUGUCGUCUUUUUUGAUAUCGCCCUUGGCGGAGAGUCACUCGGCCGGGUCAAAAUGGAACUGUUUGCAGAUGUCACCCCGCGAACAGCAGAGAAUUUCCGCCAGUUCUGCACCGGCGAGACCAAAAAUCCCAAGGGACAGCCUCAGGGCUACAAAGGCAGCAAGUUCCAUCGAGUGAUUAAAGAUUUCAUGAUCCAAGGUGGUGACUUCAUCAAUGGUGAUGGUACUGGAUCGUGUACUAUCUAUGGCACGCACAAGUUUGCCGAUGAAAACUUCAAUCUGAGCCAUGAUCGCCCGGGCUUGUUGAGCAUGGCUAAUUCGGGCCCGCACACCAAUGGCUGUCAAUUCUUCAUUACAACCACAGCGACUCCAUUCUUGAACAACAAGCAUGUGGUCUUUGGUCAAGUCAUUGACGGUAUGGAGAUUGUGAAAAUGGUCGAACAGACGCGCACCACCAAAGACAAACCCAAUCAAGAUGUCACAAUCGUGCAGUGCGGAGAAAUGUGA